CUGCACAUUUGCAGUCACACACAGACGGAGAGGAACUGAGAUGAGACAAAGAUGGAGAAAGUUCUUCUGAGCAUCAUCAUUGCUGUGUCAGGGCUGAGUGCUGUCUCAUCACCAGCAGGACGCCAGCAUUAUUUUGUGUAUGACCAGAAGAACUUUACUGAAGCCCGACGUUACUGCAGAGAGAAAUACACAGACCUGGCAACUAUAGACAACAUAGACAAUGUGAAGACCCUGAACAACAUGGCAGAUCUAAGCAGAAUGGUCAACUCCUCAUACAGCUAUCGAGCCUGGAUAGGGCUGUACGAUGACGUGGACAGCUGGAAGUGGUCCCUGUCUAAUUCAAGUUUCUACAAACCCGGGGGGACGGAGUUCAGACUGUGGGGGACGGGAGAACCGAACAAUGAAUUUGGUAACGAACACUGUGCAGAGAUGAAUAUUACGGGGCUAUGGAACGACAUCGACUGUGAACGGUCCAGGAGGGCGGUCUGCGUAGACGUCACAGGGCCAAAGGAGACUUUUAACCUCACCCCCAUGUCCAUGAACUGGACCCAGGCCCAGAGCUACUGCAGAGACCACCACACAGACCUGGCCAGCAUGAGAAACAUGACGGAGAACCAGAAGGUACGUGACGUAGCUGCAGGAUACCGAGUCUGGAUCGGCCUGUCCAGAGACUCCUGGAAGUGGUUGGAUGGAAGCAAGUCUUCAUUCAGGUACUGGAGUGAGAAAACAAAGGAACCCAACAACAGUGCGGGGGACGAGGCUUGUGUGAAUGCACACUUCAUAGACUCUGGGAAAUGGGAAGACUUUCCCUGUUACGAGAAGAGAGUGUUCAUUUGCUACGGUGAGUGGCUGUUUCAAAGAAAGUGCUGAAAGUGAAGUUUGAGAACCAGAACCAUCUGAAUCUGAGCAACCCUGCUGUGAUGGAGGCCAUGUUGAAGCAGCUCCAACAGAAGGCCCGGGACCGGGGGCUGGACCAGGACAUCAGACUGAGCUGGAGGAAGCAGGCCGAUGGACAGGUCUUCCACGAGGAAGAGACGGAGGAAAAGAA